AUGACACGACGAACUAAGCAACUUGUUGGAUUCAGUAUAACAUGCCUCCUAGCUGCUGCGCACGGCGGGCAUGCAUUACCUCAGCUUGGCGCCCUCAAGGAUACACUUGCAGAAUCAAUAAGAAAUGUCGUACCACGAGGAUUUGCUGAUUUUACGUUGGAGCGUCGACAGAACAAUAAUUCAACCAACACAACGUCCAGUUCGAAUACAUCGUUAACCGAUGUUUGGUUAUUGGAAGAUGAAUUUUCUGGAAAGUCAUUCUUCGAUAAUUGGACAUUCUUCACCGGUCCAGAUCCUACACACUUCGUCGAUCGAGAUACUGCGCUCAGCCAAAACUUGGCAUUUGUUACGGAUAAUAACACGGUGAUUAUGAAGGGUGAUAAUACUUCUUGGGUGAAUAUCGGAGAUAAUAGGUCAAGUGUUCGAAUACAGAGCAACAAAUUUUGGAAUGGCGGUCUCUUCAUUCUGGAUUUGAAUCGUGCACCAUGGGGAUGUGGUGUCUGGCCUGCAUUCUGGUCGCUCGGAGCUACUCAAGCAUGGCCCCAAGAAGGAGAAAUCGAUAUUUUAGAAGGAGUUCACGAUAAUGUUCACAACCAAGUCACUUGGCACACUCUUCCAGGCUGUGUACUUGAAGACACCGGCAAUUUCACGGGUACUAUGGUAGUACGUGGCCAAACACAAUGCGAUGCAACACUCAAUAACAACGCAGGGUGUGGGGUUACCGACUGGAGUCGUGUUUCGUAUGGAGAAACUUUCGACGCGCAAGGUGGAGGUGUGUAUGCCAUGUUAUGGGAUGAAACGGGAAUCGCAGUCUGGUAUUUUUACCGCGUCUCGAUUCCGCAAGAUAUCGUUGAUGGAGAUCCGAAGCCGAAGACGUGGACGACCCCCUCUGCGGCGCUGUCCCCAUCUGGCUGCGAUCCGUUCCAGUACUUCAAGAAUCACUCGAUUGUGUUUGACAUCACGUUCUGUGGAGACUGGGCGGGAAACACUUACGAAACUACACCCGGGUGCACUGGCUCAUGUCCGGAACAUUUACAAGACCCUGCGAACUUCGUGAAUGCAUCAUGGGACAUUAAUUCGCUGAAAGUAUACACAAAGGAAUCACUUAAAGGAAUCGUCGUUAGCUCGGAGGGUUCACAGUUUUCGCCGUAUAGCACCAUUCUUGGUGUGCUUGCGGGAUUUGCUAUGCUUCUUGUGCUUUCUUGA